AUGACCGUCCCAACCAAAAACGGAGAUUCCCUCGUCAGUCUACUCAUCGCUGCACACCGCGAAGGAGAACCUGGAAGGGGUCAGGAAGGUGCAGGCGGAGGAGACUUUCUGACACUCUUCCCCAAGACCCACCCUCCCCUUUGUAGAGCAAAGCUGCUUGAGAUCAUCGACUCGGUUCUAACAAGCACGGCAGACAUCAACGAAGAAGAAGAACUGAUCACCUUGGAGCGUGGCAUUAACCAGGUCGAAGUUGAAGACGGCAAGAGCAGUGACAAGAAUGCACACGCCAAAAACUAA